AUGAUAACGACAACAUCGUCAUCGAUGGUAGUAAACUGUUCAGCUCUACCACCAGUGGUCACAAAGACAACAACAACAACAAAGACAUCGUCAACAACAAGACAAUUGAAACCGUUAUCGGAACCGUCGGAACCGAUAGUCGACGACCAAACAAAAAAUUUGAUUUAUUUAUUACAAUUGGAUCCAGAAUUACAAAACAAAUUACUAACAAGAAAUAGGUUACAGACGACUGCUAGUAAUGUUGGUACCAAUGAUGUCGAUGAUAACAAUGAUGUCGUCAACGAUGACAAUGAUGUUGUAGUCGAUGAUGUCGUCGACAUCGAUGACAGGAGUAGUAGUAGUAGUAGUAAUAGUGGCUCAUCAGCUGAAAGGUUGGACAACAAUGUCAACAACGGUGAUGACUUAAGGACACUGUUGAGAGUCGCCUAUAAUAGUAGACGACCGCCGCCGCAAUCAUCGGCACUGGUAGCUCAUCGUCAGUCGCCCCGACUUCGAGUGAUGGCCAAGAAAGCCCUGAGUUUGUUUGCCCAUUGGAAACCAUCGCACUAUACAUCAAACGAGGAGACCAUACCCGAUAUGAUCAGCGCCGUUGCUCGGGGACACUCCCGACCACUGGGCGGUCCGCUUAGGUGGGGCCGCCGACGGCGAUAA